ACAGCUGAAUCUACGCUGUCUUUCGCCUUCAAAAAACAUCUCUUCCUUCUCCGCGUCGCCCACUUUCCUUUCUCUCUCUCUCUCUGUCUGUUCACACACUCUCACACACAAACUAUACAUACACACACACUCUUCUCUCUCUCAUCCACCCAAAUACACACACAACACAACAUUCUCUCCCUCUACAUUCUCUCUCCUCAUUCAAUUUCAUGUGUUUAAACUGAAACAUGGCGGCCACCACCAUUUUCGUCUCGCUAUUCCUCCUCAUUCUAGGCUCGGCCCGGGCCCAAACCCGCAACCCGGCCCCGGCCCCUCCGCCCGCGUCCGACGCCUGCAACGGAGUGUUCCUGACCUACUCCUACACCACCGGCAAAAUAGUGCCCCCAAUUCUCAAGUCGGAUCCGACCCGCCAGGGCUAUCGGUUCGAAUCCACGCUCACGAUACUCAACAACGACUUGGAGGAGCUCAAAUCUUGGCAGGUCUGGGUCGGAUUCCAGCACGAUGAGUAUCUCGUUUCCGCGUCGAAUGCCGUGCUCGCUGAUGGGAAUUCGUUUCCGGGAAAUGUUGGAAACGGGUCGAUUUUUGCGGGUUAUCCGAACCCGGAUCUCAAAACGGGUAUUGAGACGGCCGGCGACUUGACCCAGAUGAGCGUUCAGGUUGAGCUGGUCGGGACACAGUUUGGGGUGGCGCCGCCUGAUGCGCCAAUGCCGGCGAAUAUCUCGCUCGUCAAUGAUGGCUGGAUUUGCCCUAAACCCUCUUUGCAAGGAAACAGCACAAUGGAGGUGUGCUGCAGUAGAGACCCCAAGUUCCAGGCGAACGAGACCUUGGACGAGGAGUUUCUACCGCGCAGGAGUGGCGACUUGACUAUAAUGUACGACGUGUCAAGGACCUACGAGUCGAACUACUGGGCGCAGGUGACCAUUGAGAACCACAACCCUCUCGGCCGCCUGGAUAAUUGGCAGCUGAGCUGGGAUUGGAUGGAAGAUGAGUUUAUCUUCGCCAUGAAAGGUGCUUACCCCUCCGUGGUCGACACCUCCGACUGCGUGUUUGGCAAGCAGGGACAGUAUUACCAGUCCCUCGACUUCUCCAACGCGUUGAACUGUGAGCGCAGACCAACCCUGGUCGACCUGCCCCUGGCCAAGACCAACGACACGAGCCUAGGCAUGGUCCCGUUGUGCUGCAGGAACGGGACAAUCCUGCCACCUGCGAUGGAUCCCAGCAAGUCUAAAUCUGCGUUCCAGAUCAAUGUAUACAAGAUGCCGCCGAACCUCAACCGUUCGCGCCUGACCCCACCUCAGAACUGGGGGAUCAAGGGCCGGCUCAACCCGGAUUACAAAUGUGGUGCCCCUGUACGCGUGAGCCCCAGCCAGUUCCCGGACCCUGCAGCCCUACUGCCCGGUCAGCAUGCAGUCGCCAGCUGGCAGGUGGUCUGCAAUAUAACUCAGCCGAAGGGGGCGAGCCCUCGUUGCUGCGUGUCGUUCUCAGCCUACUACAACGAGUCCAUCAUCCCGUGCCCGACCUGCGCAUGCGGCUGCAGCAGCAGGGUGGUCAGGACCUGCAGCACUACAGCGCCGGCCCUCUUCCUCCCCUCACAGGCCCUCCUCGUCCCGUUUGAUAACCGGACUGCGUUGGCUAGGGCGUGGGCGGAUCUCCACCAUUUCCAGGUGCCGAACCCACUCCCUUGUGGCGACGGGUGUGGUGUCAGCCUCAACUGGCAUUUGUUCACGGAUUACCGAGGCGGGUGGUCCGCGAGGAUCACCAUCUUCAACUGGGACGACUUCCCCUUCGUGGACUGGUUCACGGCAGUCGAGCUGAACAAGGGUGCGCCCGGAUUUGAAGCGGUCUAUUCCUUCAAUGGAACCGCGCUUGAUCUUGAUGGAGAUGGAGUGAACAACACCCUUUUCAUGCAGGGGCUCGAAGGGCUCAACUAUCUCGUUGCAGAGAGCGAUGCUCCCAAUCCGAAAAAGGACCCAAGGGUGCCCGGGAAGCAGCAGUCGGUCAUCUCCUUCACGAAGAAGCUCACUCCGGGGAUCAACGUCCCUGCAGGGGAUGGUUUCCCGUCGAAGGUUUACUUCAACGGGGAGGAGUGCUCAUUGCCUGGAGUGCUCCCGACGAGCGAUGCUUGUAGGUUUGGGUCAUCAGGGUUCUUGACGUCGGCGGUGGUUGCACUCAGUCGUCUUUGUCUCGUUGCGGAGAUGAGGAAGGGUGGCUGCUUAUUUGUUCAUUCUUUUUUGGUUGUUUAUUUUUUUGAGCAGAUCAUUGUUCCUCUUCCUUGAGGAAUUUUGGAUGUGAGGUGCUUUUUGUACCUAAAAUCUUGCUGUGUUUAGAACAUUAACAUUGGCAUUGUAACAUACACACACAAUUGUUAGUUUUCACAUACAUUCAUGGUUGACCAAA